AUGGCAGUGCCGGCGGCUUUGAUCCCUCCGACCCAGCUGGUCCCCCCGCAGCCCCCGAUCUCCACGUCCGCCGCCUCCUCGGGCACCACCACCUCCACCUCGUCGGCCACCUCGUCUCCGGCUCCGUCCGUCGGGCCCCCCGCGGCGUCCUCCGGGCCCCCGACUCUGUUCCGGCCCGAGCCCAUCGCGGCGGCGGCGGCGGCGGCGACAGUCACCUCGAGCGGCGGCAACGGAGGCGGCGGCGGCAGCGCGGGCAACGGAGGAGGCGGCGGCGGCGGCGGCGGCGGCGGCGGCGGCGGCGGCGGCGGCGGCGGCAGCAGCAUCAGCAGCAGCAGCAGCAGCAACUGCAACCCCAGCCUGGCGACCUCGAGCAGCGGCGGCGGCGGCAGCAUUAACGCAGGCGGCGGCGCCUCCAGCACCCCUCUCAACGCCAGCACCGGCGGCAGCAGCAGCAGUUGCAGCAGCAGCAGCAGCAGUAGCAGCAGCAGCAGUAGCAGCAGCAGCAGCAGCAGCAGCAGCAGCGGCAGCGGCAGCGGCAGCAGCUGCGGCGGCCCCCUCCCCGGGAAACCCGUGUACUCGACCCCGUCCCCAGUGGAAAACACCCCCCAGAAUAAUGAGUGCAAAAUGGUGGAUCUGAGGGGGGCCAAAGUGGCCUCCUUCACCGUGGAGGGCUGCGAGCUCAUCUGCCUGCCCCAGGCGUUCGACCUGUUUCUCAAGCACUUGGUGGGGGGCUUGCACACGGUCUACACCAAGCUGAAGCGGCUGGAGAUCACGCCGGUGGUGUGCAACGUGGAGCAGGUUCGCAUCCUGAGGGGACUGGGCGCCAUCCAGCCCGGGGUGAACCGCUGCAAACUCAUCUCCAGGAAGGACUUCGAGACCCUCUACAAUGACUGCACCAACGCCAGUUCUAGACCUGGAAGACCUCCUAAGAGGACUCAAAGUGUCACCUCCCCAGAGAACUCUCAUAUCAUGCCACAUUCUGUCCCUGGCCUCAUGUCUCCUGGGAUAAUCCCACCAACAGGUCUGACAGCAGCAGCUGCAGCAGCUGCGGCUGCUACCAAUGCAGCUAUUGCUGAAGCAAUGAAGGUGAAAAAAAUCAAAUUAGAAGCUAUGAGCAACUAUCACGCCAGUAAUAACCAACAUGGAGCAGAUUCUGAAAAUGGGGACAUGAAUUCAAGUGUCGGCAGCAGUGAUGGUUCUUGGGAUAAGGAAACACUGUACUCUUACCCACCCCAGGGAUCUCAGGCUUCUGUUACUCACCCCCGCAUGUCUGCAGCGCAUAGUCAUCCACUUAGUCAUCCUCUCCACCAUCUUCAGCAGAGUCACCUUCUGCCAAAUGGACUGGAACUUCCUUUUAUGAUGAUGCCCCACCCUCUAAUUCCUGUCAGCCUACCUCCAGCAUCUGUUACCAUGGCAAUGAGCCAGAUGAACCAUCUCAGCACGAUUGCAAAUAUGGCGGCAGCAGCACAAGUGCAGAGUCCCCCAUCUAGAGUUGAGACAUCUGUUAUUAAGGAGCGCGUCCCAGACAGCCCCUCUCCUGCCCCCUCUUUGGAGGAGGGCCGAAGGCCUGGCAGCCACCCAUCAUCCCAUCGCAGCAGCAGUGUGUCCAGCUCCCCGGCGCGAACCGAGAGCUCUUCUGACAGAAUCCCUGUCCAUCAGAAUGGGUUGUCCAUGAACCAGAUGCUGAUGGGCUUGUCACCAAACAUACUUCCUGGUCCAAAAGAAGGAGACUUGGCUGGUCAUGACAUGGGUCAUGAGUCAAAAAGGAUGCAUAUUGAGAAAGAUGAGACCCCGCUUUCCACACCAACCGCAAGAGACAGCCUUGACAAACUUUCUCUAACUGGGCAUGGACAACCACUACCUCCGGGCUUUCCAUCUCCUUUUCUGUUUCCUGAUGGAUUGUCUUCUAUAGAGACCCUUCUGACUAACAUACAGGGGCUUUUGAAAGUUGCCAUAGAUAAUGCCAGAGCUCAAGAAAAACAGGUUCAACUGGAGAAAACAGAGCUAAAGAUGGAUUUUUUAAGGGAAAGAGAACUAAGGGAAACACUCGAGAAACAGUUGGCUAUGGAACAAAAGAACAGAGCCAUAGUUCAGAAGAGACUAAAGAAAGAGAAGAAGGCAAAAAGAAAAUUGCAGGAAGCACUGGAAUUUGAGACAAAACGACGUGAGCAAGCAGAACAAACCUUAAAACAAGCAGCUUCAACAGAGAGUCUCAGGGUCUUAAAUGACUCUCUGACCCCAGAGAUAGAAGCUGACCGCAGUGGCGGCAGAACAGAUGCUGAAAGGACAAUACAAGAGAGCUGACAACUACAUAAAGAUGGAAGACUGUAUUUGAAAACUACUGUCAUGUACUGAAUUUUUCCUGUCGAAGAAGUUCAUGUUAUAAUAAAGAAUUUUGCAGUUAGACAUUCGCCAUUGGAAGUUUGGUGAAAAAUAAAGUCCUUUGAAGGGAACUUCCUCAAUUUUGUGUAUUGAUGUUCUUUAAAAGUUUAAGUAUUCAACUACAACAAAAGUUUCCUCCAUUGAUUUUUCACCUGUGGUUCAUGACAGAGACUUGAGAAUGUUUGUAAAUGUACAAGUAUCAAACUUCUUACAGCUAAUAACUGCAACUUUGCUGCUGGACCCUUGUAUACGGAGUAAAUAGCAGGUCUGGAUGAGACCUAGCUUUGUUUUUUCUAAUGGAAUGAACCAUUUUCCUCUUCUGAAAAUUCUGUACCUGAGCACAUCAAUAGACUCUUGUUGCAGUGGUCACACAAAUUUACAGAAUUAUAUCCUCCAGAAACCAGCAAGAACAGUUGGAAAUAAACUUUCGUGGGAGGGGGGAGGGGCAUAAAGGAUUCCUUUAAAAAUCUGAAAAUAAAGAAUACGGCUCUGUUACAUUCAAUUUUAAACUCACUCCCUACUUGUGGGUUUUCUCCUGAAGAGUUUUUUCACAUGCUUUCCAAAAGACCAACAAAUGGAUGUGGAGAAUAACACAGUGAAAUAUCAUUUUACAGAUCUGAAAAGAAGCAUUACGUAUAAGUCAGACAGUUUCACUGAUGGUCUCUUUUCUUAAAAAAAAGAAAA